AUUGCGAUCAUUUUCCCUGUCACCGAGUACGCACUGCAAGUAAUUGAAGUAUUAUAUGUCGACUGCCAUCAGUUCCUCAUCUCAGUCGCGAACGAAACAUCGCAUCGAAAAAUGUUUAUUCCCGGGGGGAAUACAUUUAUCGGUCUGUUGAGUGUGUGUGUCGCUGUGGGCGCUGCUUCCAAUUAUGUGCACGAAAAAGGAGCUGCUCGACCACUUCUACUGGGUAGAAAUGGCUGGAGACCCAUAAAACGAGAAAACAACCACGAACACACGCUCAAACUAAAUGAACACGAAGAAGAUUUCACACUUGCAGGAUGGUCGGAGCAAUCAUCGCCUUCACAACUCGCAGGUCAAUCAAAACCGAAAAGAUCUGCACACAGAAGAAGGAAACACCCUCAUCACGCUGGACAUAAUGACUUCUCAUUAAAUCUAGCGGCGUCUAAAGAUAACAUUCAAGAGGAUUAUGAUUACAACAUCGAGGAAGAAGUCCAGGAUAUACCGACAGGUGACGAUCGAUUCGAUUCCUUUCACAGCCAUGAUAACGAUAAUGUCCAUGGAUCCUCAGUUCCGGAGGGAGACACAGGUCAUGAUGCAAUCGAAGAAUCUGAUCCUAAACCAAAUAAUGGGUUCAGAUCAGACAAAGCUGGUUCCUUCGGUGCCAGUUUGGUUCCCCAUCGCUCAGGGCCUAAUGUGAUUCAACCUCCAAUAAUAUAUUUCGAGGAGCCGAAGCCUGGACCGGAACAAAAUGCAGGGACACCUUUAUCACAAGAUACAAAUGGAACACUUGUUCCAGUUGAUCCAACUAUUUCUUUACCAACCAGUCCUAGUGAUGACAUUAAACCAGAGGGCCCGAAAACAGCCACCGAAGAAAACACGUUUGAUUUGGCUGCACAAAGCACGGUUCAAACUCCUGUUGCUGCGAGUACUAAUCGACCCGAUAUUGAACAAAAAACGGUUACGUCUCAACCCUCAUCAAGUGCAAAUGGACAGUUCACAGUUCCAUACCUCAAUUCUCAAGCAACACUCGGACAUACGGAUCUUGUAUCGAGUAUUCCCGAUAAGUUGACAACACCCGGUGGUUUGACGGAACCUGUACCAGCCUUUACGAGUGUGUCCGCGGAUGAUGUAGUGAAUAUCACACCGGCAACGUCUUACACAACUCGUGAUGAUACGGGUACAACAUUUGUGCAGUCAGAAUCCUCAACAACUGCACGUUCCACGGAUGAAGAUUCACACCAAAAAACCGAAAAUCCAUUUUAUAGUAGUACUACGAGGAGUUUCGAUGAUAAAGAUUUGUCUCAACAGACUGAAAAAGUUUCGAAUUUCCCAGUUACAACACCUGCGUUGGAAAGAGAUUUAGGUCAACAAACGGAGAAAAUUUCCACAAUUCCAGUGACUACAGAAAAUUACAAGACGACAUAUGCUCAUGAGGCAGCAGAUGUUGGGCAACAAACUGAAAAGAUCUCAAUAGUACCAAUUACAACACCUGCAUUGGAAGAAGAUUUAGGUCAACAAACCGAAAAAAUAUCUGUCAUUCCAGUUACAACAGAAGGUAUCUUCACGACAAUCGCUCAUGAAGAAGAUGUUGGGCAGCAAACUGAAAAAAUUUCAGUAGUACCAGUUACAACAGAAAAGUUUAUUACAACUCCUGCGUUGGAGAGAGAUUUAGGUCAACAAACCGAGAAAAUCUCUAUUAUUCCAGUUACUACAGAAAAUUACAUGACGACAUUUGCUCAUGAGACGGCAGAUGCUGGGCAACAAACUGAAAAAAUCUCAAUAGUACCAAUUACAACACCUGCAUUGGAGGAAGAUUUAGGUCAACAAACCGAAAAAAUAUCUGUCAUUCCAGUUACAACAGAAAGGCUCUUCACGACAAUCGCUCAUGAAGCAGAUGUUGGACAGCAAACCGAAAAAAUUUCAGUAGUACCAGUUACAACUGAAAAGUUCAUUACAACAGUCGCAUCGGAGGGAGACUCAGUCCAACGGACCGAGAGACUCCCAAUUCUCCCGGUCACUAUAAAUGAAGGCAUUACAACGGUGGCUCAGGAAAGAGAUGAGGUUCAACAGACUGAGAAAAUAUCAGUAUUCCCGGUUACAACAGAAAAGUUUUUCACCACGGUCGGGUUGGAGGGAGAUGAUGUCCAACGGACCGAAAAAAUUCCAAUCAUUCCCGUUUCGUCGACAGAGCACGUCACAGAACAAACAAAAGUAGAGGAUACAUUCCAACAGACUGAAAGAGCCACAACUUUUUCAGUUACAACGGAAAAAUAUAGUCCUAGACAAGAGCCUGAUUUAGUGCAACAAACCGAGAGGAAUUUAUUUCCUUCGACCGAAGAAAACUCUUUCCUAACAACAAUUUCGUCGAUUUCGAAUGAUUCACCACAAGUAACCCAGGGCGAUAGUCAAAUAACCAUCUCUCAAAGUACCACUCAAGGGCGUCCAUCAUAUGAUCCAUCUGGGGAGUCGCAGAACACCGUGACAAUAAUUCCUACUGCCUCACUGAAUAUCAAAGGUCACCCUAUCUUUUCUCCUACGGAGGAGUCUCAAACAACAGAUCGUCAAACAACACACCCCUUCAGCGUGAAAGGAGACCCCACCUACAAUCCUACUGAGGUUCCUCAAACAACGUUCCAGCCAACCACUUACCCUCCGAAUGUUAAAGGACAACCUCAAGCCGAUGUAAAUGAUGUACAACAGACAACCGAGUACCUUCAAACUACCACUCCGGAGAUCAAAGGUCAUCCCACUGAAGUGCCGCAAACCACACAAUACAUCAUUCCAACGACUUUCCCUCCAAAUGUUAAAGGUCAUCGUUCAUUCGUCCCAACAGAAGGUCCGCACUCAACAGACUUUCCGACAACAAUGCCCUCUAAUGUAAAAGGGAAUCCCUCUCAAGUCCCUUCUGAGGUGCCGCCAACAACUCAACAGCCAACAACGUUCCCGCCAAGUAUCAAGGGACGACCACCUACUACAGUGACGGAUGAACAACAAACAACUUUCCCGCCAGAAAUCAAAGGAUACCCUCCGACCACACCCGCUGAAGUGCCACAAACUACAGAACGCAUAAUUCCGACUACUUUUUCUCCGAAUGUAAAGGGUCAUCGUGCGUUUGUCCCCUCUGAAGGGCCAUUGACAACAACUGUUUCCAGCGUAAAAGGUCAUCCUACGACUGAUUUUCCUACUGAGGUACCACAAACAACAUUACCUCCUACAACUAAUCCGCCGAAUAUCAAAGGACAACAGCCGUCUGUUGUCAACGAUGUGCAACAAACAACGCAAUACCCCGAGACUGCCCCACCUGAAGUCAAAGGUCAUCCCGAGAGCACGCCUACCGAAGUGCCACAAACGACGGAAUAUUUAAUUCCGACAACUUUUCCUCCGAAUGUAAAGGGACACCGGGACUUUGUCCCGACUGAAGGGCCAAGGACAACAAUCCCUUCCAGCGUAAAAGGUCACGAUACGACGGGCAUUCCCACAGAGGUGCCUCAAACACCAUUCCCUCUAGGGACAUUCCCUCCGAGCGUAAAAGGACAACCACCGACUGAUAUAAGCGAUGUGCAACAAACAACACAGUACCCCGAGACGGCGCCGCCGGAGAUCAAAGGUCAUCCCACUGAAGUGCCACAAACUACCGAAAACGUAAUUCCUACCACUUUUCCUCCAAAUGUGAAAGGUCAUCGUACCUUUGUCCCAACUGAGGUGCCGCAGACCACAGAACACAUAAUUCCCACCACUUUUCCUCCAAAUGUGAAAGGUCAUCGUACCUUUGUACCAACUGAGGUUCCGCAGACCACAGAGCACAUAAUUCCGACUACUUUCCCUCCAAAUGUGAAGGGUCAUCGCACUUUUGUUCCAACUGAAGGGCCUCAAACUACAGAGCACGUAAUUCCAACUACAUUUCCUCCAAGUGUUAAGGGCCAACAUCCCUUCGUGCCUACUGAGGGACCGCAGACAACAGAGCCUUCGACACCAGUACCACCUAGCGUAAAAGGUCAUCCCACGUAUAUCACGCCAGAGGUGCCUGUCACGACACAGCAACCGGUAGUUUUCCCACCGAGUGUAAAGGGUCAUCGACACUUACCUUAUCCAGCAUUUCCUCCCAGUAUAAAAGGCUACCGCGCAUAUAAUCACACUGUUAAAUCGUACUUCCCGGCUUUAUUAUCCGAUUCAUCUCAAAAUGUUCCUUUUCUAAACAUUCAUCCGUCUAGCGUUAAGGGUCAUUACAGUGAAGAGCCUGUUAGUUAUAGUCAGUUCUCCAUGAGUAAUUUUAGACGAGCUGGUAGCAAUUUAAAAUCUGCCAGAAAGCCCCGUUUUGAAGAAAACGUUAGAGGGAGAGAUAAUGCAGAUUACGUUCCUUUUUCCAUCAAAGGGACCAUACAACCAGUACCUCAUCCCCAAAUUUUUGCCGAUUUUUCAAAAGGAGGUCCCGGUAUGAUGGAGCCAAGAAUUAUCCCCUUAAUUCCCGAAAUUCCUCUGGUUCCUAAUCAUAUAACACCAUUUAAACCAUUGAAUGAUGGUGAUGAUGAUAAUAAUACGCAAGAGGAUAUUAUGGGACAGCCAGUGUAUGAUUUGAAAGUCGGUCCCAAUGUCAAAGGUAGAGGAUAAAUUUUUACCAUGAAAUUCUGUAAUAAUCUUCGUUCUCAAUCUGUAAUUUGUAAUGAGAGGAGAUAAGGGCAACUUUUUUCUACGAGCUCGGACUUUCCUAAAAAUAUUUCGUUACCAUCCAAGAAGUGUAGCCCCUUCUCGCAGAUCAUUAUCUCGUUUUAUUUCAUUGUCUAAAUGUUUAUAGUUGUGGUAAAAAAAUGUGUCUUCCUUUAAAUCUAAAGAAGUACCAUGUGUUUGCAUGGCAUGUAAGUAGGUAAUCGUUUGAGUUGUGAUUUUCAAGUUGUGGAAUGCUGAAUAUUUAUUGUAUGAAAUAAAUUAUUUGUUUUUUAUACGUUU